AUGAAAGCCAGCACAAGUGGUCAGGCUGCUUCUCCGACAAAUAACUGGAAAUAUGCCGAGUUACUCGAAUUUAUUUUACCCCACAUGAAAAACCUUAAGAGAACAGGCAACGUAUCAAUUAAUAACAACAAUACUUUGGCAUCAACUCAAAGUCAAAAUAAUUCGCCCGGUACAUCGAUCGAAAGUCAAAAUACUUUGCCCAGUACAUCAAACGAAAGUCAAAAUAUUUUGCCUGGUUCAUCAACCGACAUGCAAACUACUGAGAUUUUCGAAGAAAUUCUGAAUGAUGAUGAUGAAAGCACUUCUGAACCACCAAAGAUAAAAAAAAAGAAGAGUUGCCGAUGA